GAUAAAGAGGGCCCGCCCAGACACAACAGCGCUGACGCGCACCGUUUCCAGACACCUCUCUAAACUAAGUUCCUGCACUCAAGGGGGGCGAAAAAACCUCCUUGGUGUCCAGGCUGAAACUGGAAGUGAAGCAAGAAAGUCAGUCACAACCGGGAAAGCAGCACGCAGGAAAGCGGUACUCUCUUGGCUCACCAAAAAUCUAGCGCACCGGCGUCAAAGAGCAGACGCGACGGCUGCUGGGGAACCAGGCACUCUUUGCGAUAGCUUCUCGAGUGCCAGGCGUGCCCUCUCCAGGGAAUCUGAAGUGCCCCUUAUGGUUUAGGAGACUGGAUUUCUCUUCCUCAAGAGCGGUGGAUUCCGAGAUCCGACCCGUUACAAAAGAAGAUGGUAGAAAGCGCUUUCUUGUACCUGGCAGCGGCAGGAAGGCUCCAGCGAGGAAGCAGCAAACGGCGGAGAAGCUGUAUAGGGAGCGACCUGUUGUUUCCUCCAUGCUGGGCUGGAGCCGAAUUGAUUGGUUGGCGGUGGCAACGGCGGCAGCGACGGCGAGCGAGCAAUCGGUCGGAGGAAGCGCCAAAUAAAACAGUACCGAGCAUUUACACAGAAGCCCGAGCCGCGUCUUCCAAGCUCAACUAUCCAGCCAGAGAGAAGAAAAACAAAUGAGCACCUAGGAUGUGAAAGAUCUGCUCCUUUUUAAAGGAAUCAUAUUGUUUGCAAGAUGGAUCGGAGUAAGCGAAAUUCAAUAGCAGGAUUUCCACCACGCUUGGACCGUGUUGAAGACUUUGAUGGGGGUGGCGGAGGUGAUGGGACCGUGUCCCAGAUGGGGAGAGUUUGGACUUCUUCUUACAGGGCCUUGAUAAGUGCCUUUUCAAGACUUACACGACUUGAUGACUUUUCUCGUGAGAAAAUAGGAUCUGGUUUCUUCUCUGAGGUGUUCAAGGUGCGGCACAGAGUAUCUGAUCAGGUAAUGGCUUUGAAGAUGAACACACUAAGCAGCAACAGAGCAAAUAUGCUGAAAGAAGUCCAGCUUAUGAAUAGGCUUUCACAUCCAAACAUAUUAAAGUUUAUGGGCGUCUGUGUACAUCAAGGACAACUGCAUGCACUUACUGAGUAUAUCAACUGUGGUAAUCUGGAACAGCUGUUAGAUGGUAAUCAACAUCUGCCCUGGACAGUAAGAGUGAAGCUGGCACUGGACAUUGCUCUGGGACUCAGUUACCUUCACUAUAAAGGCAUUUUCCAUCGGGAUCUGACAUCGAAGAAUUGCUUGAUAAAGCAUGAUGAGAAUGGAUAUUCUGCUAUAGUUGGUGACUUUGGCUUAGCAGAGAAAAUCCCUGAUUUCAGUGAGAAGCUGCCAGUAGUGGGCUCACCUUAUUGGAUGGCACCUGAAGUGUUGAGAGAUGAGCCAUAUAAUGAAAAGGCAGAUGUAUUCUCGUAUGGCAUCAUUCUUUGUGAGAUUAUAGCAAGGAUCCAGGCAGAUCCAGACUAUCUCCCUCGCACAGAGAAUUUUGGGUUGGAUUAUGAUGCUUUCCAGCACAUGGUGGGAGAUUGUCCCCCUAACUUCCUCCAGUUGGCCUUCAACUGCUGCAAUAUGGACCCAAAAUUACGUCCUUCAUUUGCUGACAUUGUCAAGACACUGGAGGAAAUUCUUGGCAAUUUGAAAAGUGAGGAGGUUGAAAGAGAAAGGAAGCUCCUAAAUCUAGACAAUACAGAUCGAAAAUCCACCUCUGUCUCCAAAGGAUUACUAGAAAGGGGACAAGGAGUCAAAAGGCUAAGUUCACUGGAUGACAAGAUUCCACCUAAGUCACCCCGUCCACGGCGUAAUAUCUGGCUAUCACGCAGUCAGUCAGACAUCUUCUCACGUAAGCCUUGCCGCAAGAUUAAUGUUCAGGACCCCUACUACACACCAAGCAAAGGGGCAAAUCGGAAAGUAAACCCUUUCAAUUCUAGGGAAGACUUGAAAGGAGGAAAGGUCAAAUUUUUUGAUUUGCCAAGCAAAUCUGUGAUAUCACUUGUAUUCGAAUUGCACUCCCCAGAGGCGGGAGGAUAUCUGAAGAUGAACCAGCCCCCAUUCAGGCAGACCUAUAGCACUGACUGGCAGGAUUCCUCUUUCCUUCCUGGGAGAAGGAGCAGAUCACUUCCAGUCUCCCCUGAAUUUGUCCAUAAAGAUUAUAGUACAUUUGGGGAUCUCUCUUCAACCAUUAGUAGGUGUGAUCCCAGCCAGCUGGGGGCUGAGGUGCGGCAGAAGCUACUGAGCAGCAGUAAAUAUGGAGUGUCUGAGAUUCCUCCUUUUCAGGCCAAACAUCACAGGCAUGAGUCUCCUCCUCCUCCCCUGCAAGAGGAAGAGAUGGACUAUUCUGAUGGACUGGAGCCACAGGACAAAAAUGGAUACUGUCCUGUAAAUUUAGCUGAGGAGCUUGGACAGCCCACAGGGCAAGCCCUGCAAGAUCCCCAAAAUGUGGAUAGUAUCUUGAUACAGAAUUCAGAAAAUAGAUCCUCAGAGAUGUUUAUGAGCUGUAUCACCUCCGAAGAUAUGGAAGUAGAAGAUGAAACUCAAAGGAACAUGCCUUCCACUACGUUGGAGUCUUCCAAACUGUUGUUCAGUGUUAACCCUUCCUCACAGCCAGACAGAGAAGCCUCUCUUUUUGAGGCAGUGGAUAGUGACAUCUCAAAUCUUGUUUCUCUGCCAUCUUCAAAUGCACCAGCACCAGUAAGCGAGCAAUCAAAAUGUGAUAUUUAAAGUUCUGCCAUAAUACCAUGGUGACAUACUCCUCACUUCUUUGGUUUUAAUUUCCUACAUCAGAACAUUCUCGCAAAGUGUAGCAACCAGACCGGUCCAUUUGGAGGUUCCAAAAUGUAUUUGGAGACACAGGAGUGUCAAAGUGUGUGAGAUAAUAAUCCCUUAGCUUGCUUCAGUAGACAGCUACUGCCACAUCUCCAUGAGAUGCCUGGAUCAAUGUGGGGCCAUAAUUACGGGAUCCUGGGCUUAACUCUACUUAGAAACUAUUUUUCUGUGAGUGUGUGUACAUGUUUUAGAUCUCACUGAACGAAUUAUUCCAAACUUAGCAGUAUCCUUUAAAAAAAUCUGGAUCUUUCACACACUCUCUCUCUCUCUGGAAAUUGCUGAGCCAGUGUAAUGACUGCAUGAGUAUAAAAGAUUUGAAAUUGGCAGUGCUGUGACACCCUAGUUAGAUAACAGAGGUAUAGGAAGCUACCAUCUUAUUACAAGUUUGAGUUUAAAGCCAGUACUAUGAACCUGUCAUUAUGUCUUGGCUUGAAACUCAAAGUUUCCUUAAACAAGACUUGACUUGACUGCACUAGCUAAGCUUCUUCCAAUCCAGUUUUGAAGGUGUUUCUUUAACUAUUACUUAUUUGGUCACGCUUGAAAUCCUGAGCAAGAGAGAAGUCCAUCUCAUUUUCAUUCAGCAAUAAUGGUUGCUGCUGUCCAACCAAAUCCCUAUUCGAUAAAUUUGAAGUGUUCAGUGCACAAAGAGGAUGAACAGCUGUGUUUGCAAUUCUUUACUAUUACUAUUCCUUUUAAAUUGUAGAAGGAAUUAAGCAUAUGGCCAUCCAAGUAUUUGACAUGGGAGCUCUUGAAAGUAAACCAGCCCCUCCCCAGCAACAUAGUCUUAAAAUCCAGCUCUGUAUGCCACUCUUCAGUCAGUCUCUCCAUGUGGGUUACUCACACACUCUGAGCAGAUGUGUGGGUAUAUGGAAAUGUGAUCUGUAUUUACAUUUUGCAUAACUUCUCCAUUUACCUCACCUGAGAUUUGCCCAUUGCAAGAGAGAUGCUUGCUUGUUAGACUCUGACUUUAGCUGCAAAAGUAGUAUAUCCAGUCCAUUCUAGCCUCUUUGAUUAUUAAGUCCAGCAUUGAAUGCUCAAAGAAGAGAAGUUAGUAUGGACUGAGUAAGAGGAACUGGAGUCUCAAGUCUUGAUUCGAAUCCCUUAUUUAGUAUAUUAGGCUAAUGAGAACUCCCCUGUGGGGAAGAAAUAAAAAGUAGUGCUGACUCUUGAUGUGUGUAAAUUUUCUCUCCUAUUCACCCCCUCAAAAAGGAACUAUAGAAAGGAUGAAAAUCCACAAAAAGUACCAUGCAAUAACUUGGGGAUCUUGAAAUCUUGAAAAAUAGGUAACAGCCUCUUGCCUAAGAAUUAUGUGUUACAAACUUGACAGCAGCAAAAUCUCUUUGCAAUCUGUGCUUAUUUAUAUAAGUGUCCUUCCAGAGAUUUUGUCUUUUAAACAAGGAACUAUGGUUAUCCUCAUUAUCCAUUUUAACUUGGAUUUCUAGCUCUUUCAAUCCAGCUCUUUCAAUCUGUUGCCCUUUUCAGGAUCAACCAGAAAGAAUCCCCAUAGCUAUUAUCUACACGUACCUUUUUUAUUUAGAGAGUGAAAAACAAAUGUAAUACCAGCUCACUUCAGAUUAGAUGCUUUGAGGCACACUUUGGGUAUGGUGUAAUUUUGUUUCCCCAAGGCAGAAGCAUUUCCUCUUGAUUGGUGCAUGAAUAAUGAAAAACAGAGCAUUUGGGUUUGCUUUAGAAGUUAUGAAAGGGGUCCGCACUUUGCCUAUUCUGGUCUAUGACUUGAUGUGUGGGCUCCGAUAACCCUGGAGCCUUUAGAUGUUUUACUUGUGCUCUUACUGUUUGUGAAGAUCUGAACAAGUGGCCUGUCUGAUCUUAUUCCCCCAGUAUGUUUUUCCUGGUCUUAUGCAAUCUUUCUGCAAGCACCCUCUCAGAAGUGGUAGUCUUUCUUGGAAGUUGUGGUAGAGGGUUAUUUAUAUAGCUACUUUGCUUUUUUAAUAGAAUGCUGGUAUAAGGCUCUAGUCUCUUAUCCUGGUACAGAAAGUAUGAAGUCUUCCCAGCCCAAACUGUACUGGAAAGGAGUUGUCUUUGAAAGAGCAUAUGUAAAAGCCAAUUCCUUUGUCAUUGCGUGGCUAAAAUUAAAUUAUACUAUCCACUGUGCAACAUGUAAGAACCCAUGGCCUUCUGGCUAUGCAGUCUAAAAGCCAGUAUUGCCGAGCAGUUGUUGGCCAUUAGCUGUACUCAAUACUGAAUGUGACCAGACAAAUGCAAUGCUUUGUACAAAUACAAUAGUGAGUUGUUUUAUUUUUAUCAUGUUUUUGAUUUGCUGACAGAAGCAUCUUGCUUUUUUUAUAAACCACCUGCAGACCCAUCUAAUAUCCCCAAUCUGUUUUUAAUUCACUCAAUCUUUCUAGAAUACAUUAUUAAGCACGUUAGCAGCAAUACUUGUGGAUGAUUGGUGAAAGAUGACUGUGUAUAAAUGUUUGUAACAAAUUGCUACCCCAACAGAAGACAGGGGUGUGAUAGGCUUACUCUUCGUUGCUGUAUCUUGUCCAAGAACACUGGUAUUUCUUGCCAGCUUAACUACAGACACUUGAAUAAUUCCUCUUUGCACUUAAUGCUGCUGUUUAUACUGCAUGUCACUACAUUUCUAUGCAAAAAUAACCUUUGGGGACAGCCAAAUAUUUGAUUACGGUUUCCAGAUCUUUGCAAGAUCUAUUUUCAUAUUUAUGAAGGAAUUUUAUGUCUUAAUAUUUGCAGUCUGUACAUAGCUAAACUUUUGUCAUUAAAUCUUAGGAAAAAAGUUUGUAGCCUGUGUAUAAUUUACCACUGCCAGAAAAGAAACUUUGCAAAACAUUUUUUCUAAAACUGCAGAUAUUUAUGAAUGUGUAAAGAAGGCAAAUACUGUUUUUUAUGUUUUAUUUGGUCUGACUCUUUUCUUGAGCUACAGAAGCAUUGUUUUACUGGAACUGAAAUAAGUAACCAAAGAUGAAUCUAGUUUAAAGUGUUUGAAUAUGUUUUGUCAGUUUUU